AGCGAGCACCUCAUCAGGACAUCACCAUGGUAACCGUGUCAGUUCUGCUCCUUCUGCUCUCAGCUUUUUCUCCUCCAGUCCACAGCCGUCUCUCUACGUUCUAUGCGAUUAUGGAUAGCAUGACUCAGACUGCGGCUCGGGCAGCUUGCAGAGAAAAUUACACCGACCUCGUCACUGUGUACUCUGAUGAAGACAACACUGACCUGUAUAAUAUGGUGCCUUCUGGGUAUUGGAGAUGGAUCGGUCUCUAUCGCAGUGUGUUCAGUGAGAAAUGGUCUAAUGGUGAUCCUGUAACAUUCAGAAAUCUGGCAGGGGUUUGUGGGACAUCGAGCUACUGUGCUGCUAUGAAGGCUGAUGGUUCAUGGGAAAGUCUUCAGUGCAACAUGGCAAAAUAUUUCAUGUGCUAUGAAGAUGUUUCUUCACAGACUCCUAAUUAUCAUCUAAUCCUUGAGAAUAAGACCUGGUCUGGUGCUCAGAGUUACUGCAGGGGGAACUACACUGACCUGGUCAGUAUCAGAGAUCAGCAGCAGAAUGAAGAGGUGAAGAUUAAAGGGUUAAACAGCACCACGUCCUUCUGGAUCAGCCUGCUGUGUGAUAACUGGCAGUGGACCGAUGGAGGAAACUCCACCUACAGAAACUGGAACUGGGGUAGUAGUUAUCCUCCAUCAUCACCAAAUGACUGUGUAGUACUAUGGCAGGGGAAAUGGGAAUCACAUCCAUGUAAUCAUCUUCACUACCCUGUGUGCUAUGGCAUUUCCAUCCAUGUGAGUGAUGAGGCUCUGAGCUGGGAGGAAGCGCUGGAUUACUGUCGUGACGGGAACAGGGCUGGAAUUCUCAACAUCGAUUCUGAAUCUGAACAGGAAGAGCUGGAGUCUGAGCUCAGGAGGAGGCGUGUCCCCCCAGGGAAUCUGUGGGUGGGGCUUGGACCGAACCGUCUCUCUGAGAUGAAGGUGUCGUCCGGUCCGCUGACCUGCGAGGACGUAGAGAGACAGACAGAACCUCCGCUGUCUCACUGCGCUGCUGACACACACACUGCAGAAGCAGCACCUGAUUAUGUGAUGGACUCUGCUGAACUUCGAGUCGUGUGUAAAUUGAAAUAAAAGGCGGUUUUCUCCAUGCUGGAAGAACAGAGCACUGCACAGUUGAGUGUUUUCCAGCACUAACUCACCUGAACCCUUCAUUAUGCAUGUGUUCACUAGGUGAUGAGUUGAAUCAGGUGUCAUAGAGCAGGAAAAAGCCUAAAGUGUGCAGGAACUGUUCACACACGCAGAGCUUUACACACCAAUUCACAUUCACCAGAAUAUCCACAAGAUGUACUUAAGGCUUUCAGACGAAUUCAUACAAAUACACACAUUUUUAAGAUAUUAAUCCUUUUCUCCGUAAUUUUUCUUUCAAAUUUAUUAAAGUUGUUUCUUUUCUAUUAUCAUAUCUAUAUAUAAUAAGAAAAUAUAUUUUUUUGUCAUUUCUCUUGUGAUAUCUUUUGUGUUGUUUCUCUUCAUGUGCACGGUGGCUUAGUGGUUAGCGCCUCACACCUCCAGGUCGGGGGUUCGAGUCCCGCAGGGGCCCUGUGUGUGUGGAGUUUGCAUGUUCUCCCCGUGCUGCGGGGGUUUCCUCCGGGUACUCCGGUUUCCUCCCCCAGUCCAAAUACAUGCAUGGUAGGCUGAUUGGCGUGUCCAAAGUGACCCUGAAGGAUAAGCGCUACAGAAGAUGGAUGGAUGGGUUUUAGUAGCUGAAUAAGCACUAAUGUUGAGUUCAGAAACGUUUGAUGUUCUUUCUUAAUAAAAUGUAACCUGAUGUUUUUACACUAAUAAAG